AUGGCAGUUGUCUCCUGGGUGCUUCCCCUGUUGCCAGGGUUGGCUUUGGCACAGGUAUUUCUGGCUGAUCACAAUGGCGAUAACACCAGCGAUUCCCUUCCUGUGUCUAUCGAGAUCCCAGACACCCUGUCUGCUGCUUGCGCCGAACCGUUGAAACAAAACGUGCAGUGUAAUGCCAGCCUUGCAGCAAUUACGUCGGAUGGAUACUUCCCCUCGGCCGAAGACCUCGCUUUUGUCUGUACCACGGAGUGCCUGUCCUCCCUGCAAUCUCUACGGAACGAUCAGUUGAGCGCCUGUUCCAGCAAUGAUGCAGUGCAGACGUCGGGAUAUGCAUACCCACCUACUUAUAUCCUCGACCAACUGAUCUUUACCUACGACUACACAUGUCUUCGCGAUGAUUCCGGCGCCUUCUGUGCGCCGCAGAUUGACUCAUGGCUCAACGCGCCCGAGGGAAUGACUUCCGAGCAGAGUUGCUCCAGUUGCUUUCUACGCACCUUGCAGACCCAUCUCAACUCUGCCUUUGGGUACGACGAAGAUACGGAGAAUGAGUUCGUCUCCUUGACUGAAUCUUGUGGAGAGACCAACUACCCAUUCACGUCGCCGCCAGCCUAUACUGUUGACAUUCCCACCAGCGGUACCGCGACAAGCUCCGCUGCAAUGGCAACACCGACGGUCGACUGCGUUGACGAAUAUGUAAUUCAACAAGGCGAUACAUGCACCUCAAUCAGUGUGGCCAAGAACGUUUCGACGCACGAGUUGCUCUACGUGAACAACCUUCCUGCUUAUUGCAUCAAUUUCCCUACUGCCGGAGACUCGCUGUGCAUUCCCAAAUCAUGCGAGAUCUACACCGUCCAGGAAGAUGACAACUGCUACAGCAUCGUCGAAGCGCACGAAUACGCUUUCACUGUCACCCAACUCAUCUCCUGGAACGCCAAUAUCAACCGCGGAUGCAGCAACCUCAACCAGCUGGUUUCCUCUCAGAUCUGCAUCAGCUCGCCAGACGGUGGUGUCCCAGUACCAGAUGGCCCGGCCACCACCACCGCAGCAGCUAUCCCAACGGACGUCGCAGCCGGCACGAACACGCAGUGUGCCAAGUACUACCGCGUCAGCCCUGGCGAGGACUGCAGCAGAAUCACCGUCAUGAUGGGUAUAAGCUUGGCGGACUUCUACUUCCUCAACCCGGAGGUCAACUCGACCACCUGCGCGAACCUAAUGGCUGGAUACUCAUAUUGCGUCCAGGCAGUGGGAAACAUCAAUACCUACUCAGGCUAUGGCGGCGCCACGAGCUCGGACGGAUGUCGCAUGACCCGCGCGUCUCUCCCGGAGUCGUGUCUAGCAACGAGCGUUAUGACAGAUACCGAGAUCUGGCACUUCCCAAAGCCAACCACUGCCAAUGGUUCCACCUCUUCUACAGCCGCCUCCUUCACCUACCCCUGGCCCAUCACCGUAACCUCUACACCGCUCCCCCUAGCCCCAGGAACACACGACAACUGCGACAAGUAUACCGAGCACAUGAACAGCUCGACGCAGGCCAAGACGGACAGCAUGAACACGUGCAACUUCAUUGCGUGGUUCUCAGGCGUUCCCCUUGACGACCUGCUAUCCUGGAAUCCUUCGCUCACCUACGACGACUCCAACCCAACCGCGUGCCUCCUGCAGCCUGGAUACCGAUACUGCGUUCAUCCUGCGGGCUCGCUUACGAGGACGACGAGCGGCAGCUCAUCGAGCGAGCCAACAACGUCCAAGACAGCAACUGUAACUUCGACUUCCACUCCAAGCCAUAACGCUACACCAUCACCCGUUCAAACCGGCAUGACGCCGGCCUGCACGGACUUCUACUACGUCCAAACAGGAGACGGCUGCUACGACAUCGCCGCCAGCAAGGGUAUCGCACUAGACGACUUCUACGCCUGGAAUCCAGCCGUUGGCACCGACUGCGGUGGUCUCCAAGCAGACGUAUACGUGUGCGUGGGCGUCAGCCCGUCAACCCCCAGUCCGACUAUCACCACGCCCAGUAGCAUAACGGCAUCUGCACCUUCCACUGGUACAGGAGCAGUCAAGACACCCUCCCCAGUCCAGGACGGAAUGGCAACAUCGUGCACAAGCUUCUACGAAGUCCAGCCGGGCGACGGGUGCUACGACCUUGCUGCCAGCGAAGGAGUCGCACUGGAUGAUUUCUACGCGUGGAACCCCGCUGUGAAGAACGACUGCAGCGGGCUGCAAGCGAACGUGUAUGUUUGCGUUGGUGCUGAGGGCUCAAUAACUGCCACCAUGCCUACAACCACAGCAAGCACUACUUCUGGCUGGAACGCGGUGUCGACUCCGUCGCCUGUGCAGGACGGUAUGACGUCCUCGUGUGGUACCUUCUACGAUGUCCAGGCGGGCGACGGGUGCUGGGAUAUAGCGAAUCGGUAUGGCGUAGCACUAGCGGACUUUUAUAGUUGGAAUCCCGCGGUUGGGGAUAAUUGUGGAGGGUUACAGGCAGGGGUUUAUGUUUGUGUUGGGUUGGUGGGCUGA